AUGUGUACUUAUGAGACCAUCCCAAUCUGUUGUGUGCAUGGUGAUGAGAAGCCUUACCCUACAGCUGACAUAUUUAUUGAAGUACAAGGACAACCGUAUUUAUUGAAUGUAGGUGUGGCUGAUAACCUGCCAUUCCCAGUAGUUUUGGGUGAAGACCUGCCAGUGCUCUAUGAUUUGUUAAAACCAGCAAAAGACUAUAAUGUGGCUAUUACGAGGACCAAAGCUAAAGAAGUGAAUGAGCAUCUUCCAACUUUGAGUACCUUACCUUUCUUUGAGGCUGACUUAGAAACUAAACCCGGGAGAUCUAAGAAAUCAAGAAGUCAAAGAAAGCUAGAGAAGUUUAGAGGUACUGUUGUAAAGUUGCCAGAUGAGGCUACCCCUGAUGAACCAUUGGGAUUUCAAAUGCCAAUAAACAUCAUUCAAGUGCAACAAAAUAACCCAGCGCUGUCAGCCAUUUUUUUGAGAGCUAAGCAGAAGGAUUCUGAGGGUGAGCUUGGCAACAACAAAGAGGGGUAUUUUUCACAGAACGGCAUACUUUACCAUCGGUGUGGUCAGGCAAAGCGGCUAGUGGUCCUUCAAGAGGCCCGAGAUGUACUUAAUCUGGGCCACUCCAUUCCCUGGGCUGGCCACCUAGGGAAACACAAGACCACUAGUCGUAUUAAGCGUUACUUCCACUGGCCUGGCCUAUGUUCAGAUGUUGCAAAAUUCUGUAAGAGCUGCCCCCAGUGUCAGAAGACAUCAAUUAAAAGCCCCUCCAGAGUUCCACUUCAGCCUAUGCCUGUUAUAGGCACACCAUUUGAACGUCUCGGAAUGGACAUUGUUGGACCCCUGGAAAAAAGCCACACAGGGUAUCGGUAUAUGUUGGUAGUCACAGAUUAUGCAACCAAAUACCCUGAAGUCUUUCCAUUGAAAACAAUAAAGGCAAAAGCUGUAGCCUUCUCUUUUAAUAGUUAUUUUCAAGAGUGGGGUUUCCUCGUGAAAUUCUCACAGAUCAAGGAACUAAUUUUAUGUCUGUUUUAUUAAAACAGGUAUAUAAACUAUUGGGGAUUAGAAGUGUGAGGACCACCCCAUACCAUCCCCAAACAGAUGGGUUAACAAAGCGGUUUAACCAGACCCUGAAACAAAUGCUUCGUAAGUUUGUGGAUGAAACGGGCUUUGACUGGGAUUAGUGGUUGCCCUACCUCCUUUUUGCUUAUAGGGAAGUUCCCCAGGAACUCCUGAACUCCUAUAUGGUUAUGAGGUCAGGGGCCCUUUUACCCUGUUAAAGGAGAUGUGGGAAGGGACCCAAGAAGGAGAGAAGCCAGUUAAUGUCAUUUCCUAUGUCCUACAGGUGAGGGAGAAACUGGAAAAAAUGAGUGCAUUAGCUCAAACACAUAUGGCAGUUGCACAAAUGUCCCAAAAAGCUUGGUAUGAUCGUUCAGCAAGGGAAAUAAGUUUUGAACCAGGUCAAAAGGUGCUGGUAAUGUUGCCUACAAAUGAUAGUAAGCUUCUGGCAAAGUGGCAGGGUCCCUUUGAAGUGCAGAAGAAGUUAGGUCCAACAACCUACCAGGUUGCCACCCCGGGGCUCCAACGAUCUACCAGAGUGCUGCAUGUAAAUCUGCUUAAAGAGUGGGUCCCACGAUCUGGGAAAGAAGCAGAUGUCUUGUUCAUCUGGCGUGUGGAAGAGGAUGAAGAAACUGAUGAAUACUUGCCAUCACAGUCUGCCUCCAACGUGGAUCUGAGCCACCUCACUGACGACCAAUGCCAUGUGGUUAAAAACUCUCAUAACUUCAGAUGUAUUCCAAGAAUUUCCAGGUCACACAAAUUUGGUGGAACAUAACAUUGUCUUAAAAGAGAAGGCGCUAGUCAAACACAUGAGUUACAGGGUUCCUGAAUGUCUUCAGGGAGCACUGAAGAAAGAAGUGGACCUCAUGCUGUCCUUGGGAAUUAUUCGGCCCUCAGUGGUGAAAUCCAGUUGUUCUAGUUCCCAAGAAAGAUGGAACCAUAAGGUUUUGUAUUGAUUUCAAGUAUCUGAACUCUGUUUCAAAAUUUGAUUCAUACCCUACACCACAAAUGGAUGAACUCAUAGAGCGUCUGGGGAAAGCUAAAUAUUUAUCCACCAUUGACCUCUCUAAGGGUUAUUGGCAGGUUGUUCUUGGUGAAGGCUCACAGGAGUUAACAGCUUUCUGCACAUCCUGGGGGCUGUUUGAGUUCACUGUUCUGCCAUUUGGUCUACAUUGAGCACCUGCCACUUUUCAAAGACUGAUGGAUCAGGUACUGUAUGGUCUUGCUGAUUAUGCCUGUACAUAUCUUGAUGACAUUGUCAUUUACAGUGGAACCUGGGAAGAACACCUGAAACAUCUGAGGACUGUUUUGGACCGACUGAAGAUGGCAGGUCAACCCAGCAAAGUGUUCCCUGGCCAAGAUUGAGACACAGUAUCUUGGUUUCACAGUUGGAGGUGGUGUUAUAAAGCCACAAGUUGAUAAAGUUAGAGCUAUUGCAUCUGCUCUGCUUCCACACACAAAAAAGCAGCUGAGAUCCUUCCUUGGGAUGGCCAGCUUCUACAAUCGCUUUAUUGCAAACUUUUCAGCUAGAGCAGCUGCCUUGACGGAUUUGACAGGUUUGCGGUGCCCAAACCAGAUUCAUUGGAGCCAAGAAGCAGUUGCAGCUUUUCGAGACAUCCAGCAAUCUCUGAGUAAAAAUCCAGUUCUCCAUAGCCCAGAUUUUGAAAAGGAUUUUGUA